AUGGCAUGGGAGCUGGAAGUGGUCGGAUCGUGCAGGGUCGUCUAUUUUUUUUUCUUCUUUUCGUGCGGGUGCGCUUGGACUUGGACGUUGCGUGAAGCCACAACACAGCACGGCCGUGGCAUUGGGCGUGCGAAUGGGAAAAGAGGGGCGCGGCAGAAGGAGCCUGUGCUGGUCUGCGAUGGCGCAUCUGCCGCGUUGCCGCUCCUUGACCGGGGAAGCACAGCGUAUUUGGUGGAGAGAGAGAUCUCCAAGAACGGGAUGCGAUCUUUCGGCUCGAGAAGAUCUGUGCUCGCUCGACCGUUCGCUCUCGCCGCUCGGGCCACCUUCUGACGCCCAAAAAUAAACCCAAAAAUAAACGCGAGUUCACGCGUUCUCAACAGUCGAUCUUCCGAGGCGAUUCGCGUCCGUCCGCCAUCCUCGCGUCUCUCCUCCAGAAUUACACCAUGCCCAACACC